CCCAGGAGUUCCAGCAUGGGUCCUGCUGGCAUCCACUGACGGUUCUUGCCCCGGUUCAUUUUAUUGUGAGGGAAGUGGGUUGAACCGAAUACGAGAAGCAACUGACUUCAUGCCGCUCCUGUGCUUGGAGGAGGACCAAAAAAAAAAAAGUCCCACCUGGCAAAAAUUCCGUGUCCUCUUCAUCAAUAGAAACCCUCAGGUAUUUCCUCAACCGUGAUAGUGUUUGGGUUUCGCUUUUGCUUUUUUGUCCUUGGACGUCCCCCGCAUAGCUAGGUCUCCCGGGUGAGACAGAUGCAGGAAACCGAGGCGGCGCCAAUUCCAGCCACGGGUUUUGCUAUGCCUCUGAGCUGUGAGUUCAUCAAAUAACUAAAUGGAGUCUGAGCAGCUGUUCCAUAGAGGCUACUAUCGAAAUAGCUACAACAGUAUAACAAGUGCAAGUAGUGACGAGGAACUUUUAGAUGGAGCAGGUGUUAUUAUGGACUUCCAGACCUCUGAAGAUGACAAUUUGUUAGAUGGUGAUGCCUCAAUUGGAACACAUUAUACAAUGACAAAUGGAGGCAGCAUUAACAGUUCAACACACUUAUUGGAUCUUCUGGAUGAACCCAUUCCAGGUGUUGGUACAUAUGAUGACUUCCACACCAUUGAUUGGGUUAGAGAAAAAUGUAAAGACAGAGAAAGGCAUAGGCGGAUCAACAGCAAAAAGAAAGAAUCAGCAUGGGAAAUGACAAAAAGUUUGUAUGAUGCUUGGUCAGGAUGGCUAGUAGUAACACUAACAGGAUUGGCAUCAGGGGCAUUGGCUGGAUUAAUAGACAUUGCUGCUGACUGGAUGACUGACCUAAAAGAAGGAAUUUGCCUCAGUGCAUUGUGGUACAACCACGAACAGUGUUGUUGGGGAUCAAAUGAAACAACGUUUGAAGAGAGAGACAAAUGUCCACAGUGGAAAACAUGGGCAGAAUUAAUCAUUGGUCAAGCAGAGGGUCCAGGCUCUUACAUAAUGAACUACAUAAUGUACAUUUUCUGGGCUCUGAGUUUUGCCUUUCUAGCUGUUUCCCUGGUGAAGGUAUUUGCUCCAUAUGCCUGUGGCUCUGGAAUUCCAGAGAUUAAAACAAUUUUGAGUGGAUUCAUCAUUAGAGGUUACUUGGGAAAAUGGACUUUAAUGAUUAAAACCAUUACAUUAGUGCUGGCAGUAGCAUCAGGUUUGAGUUUAGGGAAAGAAGGUCCUCUUGUUCAUGUUGCUUGUUGUUGUGGAAACAUUUUUUCCUACCUCUUUCCAAAGUACAGCACAAAUGAAGCUAAAAAAAGGGAGGUGCUGUCAGCUGCCUCAGCAGCAGGAGUGUCUGUAGCUUUUGGUGCCCCAAUUGGUGGAGUCCUUUUUAGUCUGGAGGAGGUUAGUUAUUAUUUUCCCCUGAAAACUUUAUGGAGGUCCUUUUUUGCUGCUUUAGUGGCUGCCUUUGUUUUGAGAUCCAUCAAUCCUUUUGGAAAUAGCCGCCUGGUCCUUUUUUAUGUGGAAUAUCACACUCCAUGGUACCUUUUUGAACUGUUUCCUUUCAUUCUCCUAGGGGUUUUUGGAGGCCUCUGGGGAGCAUUUUUCAUUCGGGCAAAUAUUGCCUGGUGUCGUCGGCGCAAAUCCACAAAAUUUGGGAAAUAUCCUGUUUUAGAAGUCAUUAUAGUUGCAGCUAUUACGGCUGUGAUAGCCUUUCCAAACCCAUAUACAAGGCUCAAUACUAGUGAACUGAUUAAAGAGCUUUUUACAGACUGUGGACCUCUGGAAUCCUCUUCCCUCUGUGACUACAGAAAUGAUAUGAAUGCCAGUAAAAUUGUGGAUGAUAUUCCUGACCGUCCAGCAGGCAUUGGAGUGUAUUCAGCCAUAUGGCAACUGUGCUUAGCACUCAUAUUUAAAAUCAUAAUGACUGUCUUCACCUUUGGUAUUAAGGUUCCUUCUGGCUUGUUCAUUCCCAGUAUGGCAAUUGGAGCCAUAGCAGGAAGGAUUGUGGGAAUUGCUGUGGAGCAGCUAGCUUACUAUCAUCAUGAUUGGUUUAUCUUUAAAGAGUGGUGUGGAGUUGGAGCUGACUGUAUUACUCCAGGCCUUUAUGCCAUGGUUGGGGCUGCUGCGUGCUUAGGUGGUGUGACAAGAAUGACUGUGUCUCUGGUGGUUAUUGUUUUUGAGCUUACUGGUGGCCUGGAAUAUAUUGUGCCCCUCAUGGCUGCAGUAAUGACCAGUAAAUGGGUAGGUGAUGCCUUUGGUAGGGAAGGCAUUUAUGAAGCACACAUCCGGUUGAAUGGAUAUCCUUUCUUGGAUGCAAAGGAAGAAUUCACCCAUACAACAUUAGCUGCUGACGUCAUGAGACCUAGAAGGAGUGAUCCACCCCUAGCAGUCUUGACACAAGAUAACAUGACAGUGGAUGACAUAGAAAAUAUGAUCAACGAGACCAGCUAUAAUGGUUUUCCUGUCAUAAUGUCAAAAGAAUCUCAGAGACUAGUGGGAUUUGCCCUCAGAAGAGACUUGACUAUUGCAAUAGAAAGUGCCAGAAAAAAGCAAGAAGGUAUUGUUAGCAGCUCCCGGGUUUGUUUUGCCCAGCAUACCCCAUCUCUUCCAGCAGAAAGCCCUCGGCCACUGAAACUAAGAAGCAUUCUUGACAUGAGCCCAUUCACCGUAACUGACCACACCCCCAUGGAGAUUGUGGUUGAUAUUUUCCGCAAGCUGGGUCUGAGGCAGUGCCUUGUAACACACAAUGGGAUUGUCUUGGGGAUCAUCACAAAGAAGAACAUAUUAGAGCAUCUCGAGCAACUAAAGCAGCACGUCGAACCCUUGGCGCCUCCUUGGUAUCAUAACAAAAAAAGAUAUCCUCCGUCAUAUGGCCCAGAUGGCAAACCAAGACCCCGCUUCAAUAAUGUUCAACUGAAUCCCAUAGCUGAGGAGAGAGAGGAAAUGGAAGAGGAAGUUCAUUUGCUGAAUAGCACAACGCUUUAACCUGAGGGAAUCUUUUUUUUUCUUUUCUUCAAAACAAGGCAGCAUGUGAGAAGCUGGGCUUUGGCAACAUAGUUUGCAAACCGUACUGCUGGAAUCAGGAGUUGGUUUGGGGAGGGAGAAGAGAGAGGAGAGAAAAGAAAGUGAGGGUUUUCACUGUCCAAUAGGGAGCAACAGCCUAUCAACUCCUAUUAUUCUGCACUGGAUGCAUUUUACUACGUCUGAUUUGCCAUGAUAGUGCAGUAUGAGCUUCAGCGGAGAUGAUGGGGGUUCUCCAACACCCAGCCUGUAAUUAGUAUUGAAAAGACAUGUUAAUAGUCCCUGUUUCUGGAGGGAUCACUUUGAAUUGAGCCAUCUUUGAGACUGCAAUGUCUUAUCCCCGCACCCCUCCCCUUUUUUAACCAUUGAAACUAUUGUGUUUAACUCAUGAAAUGUAUAGUUGUUUGCAUCACCUUUCUACAUUCCAGAAGUUGUUUAUUUCUCUCUCUCCUGAGCUGUAACAAAGCCUCUUUAAAAUUGGUGUGCCCUUUUGAAGCAGUCCUUUCUCAUAUUGAGAUGUACUGUGAUUUUACUGAGGCUUCAUCACAAGAAGGGAGUGUUUCUUGUGCCAUUAAACAUGUUUGUACAUCCUUAAAUGCUUGGACAGUACAGACGCUUUGACAAAAGCUGAUCAAACAGGUAUAACCUUGAAUGAAGCAUGUAUGAAAUUUUGUAUGCUGUGGUUUAAAAUAAUUUAACAAAAGUAAACUUGACUUUCAAGGUUAAACUAGGAUUUAUUUUUAUUUUUGUUUUUUUUUGCUUCAGACUUCAUGGAUAAUGUGGUCUUAUGCAAACUUUUUGUAUUAUUGAUAAUACUAUCAUACCAGUGCUGUGCAGCAUAAGGAAAAAAAAAUACUGCUGCUCAGAUAGUAAAGAGAAGGAAUUAUUCUGUAUAGCUAUAUCUUGGCAUUAAGUGCAUGCUAUAAAACACUGGACUUUUUUUCCUUGAAAUUAGAUCAGUCAUUUUUUCUUUUCCUCAGAAACAAUGGAAAAUGUUCCAUUGCUGACACUGAAGAAAAAAUGUAAUUCAUAACUUGCACAAAAUGUAUAUUUUUUUCUUAAAAUUUUACCAUUUUUAUUUAUAUUUUUAUGGAUUAAAAUUUAUUAAAUAUUGAUCAGUUAAUAUCUCACUUAAAUAAUUUUACCUUUUUAAUGUGAUUUUUAUAGACUAAUUCAGACUCCUUUACAAAUAUGGAGGAAUGAACAAAAGUUUACAUUGGGAAUGAGGGUUUAAGAAGAGGUUGUUGUUAUUUUGCUUUAUGAUUGAAUAAUAUAUGCAUAAUGGCUUUUUCUGUCCUAACUUUCACUGCCAUCACUUGGAAACCUUUUCUGGUCUAUUCACAUUCUGAAAAGUGACACUUGAACUGGAAAGCUGCAAAUAUUGCAGAACAUUUUAUAUAUACAUAUAAAUAAGUGCAAACCAUUGUCCGACAUUUUAUUUUGUGGUCAUCUAGAUUUGUAGUAGCAAAAAUUUCAGCUGAAAUAGAGUUUUUAGGAAUGCGUAGAACUAUUACUUGAAACAUUGGAUGGAAUUUAAAGUUAUCCACAUCAUAUUCUUUAGUAGGGUGGGCAAAAUGCUGGAAUGGCUUUUUUGGGGGGAAGGGGAAUCCCAAAAAUAUCUGCCUUAAAUUGUGAGAUAAAAUGAUUCAGUAUAAGGAAAGAUAGCACAAAAAAGGUAACUCACCCCCAUGGGAUUGACCCAACUGUACUAUGCUGAUGUGUUUUUCAUUGGGAAAAUGAAAAAUCUGUCAUAGUAAAAUGUUUUCUAAGUCUGGAGAGGUAAUUAGUCCAAUUCACAGGCCUUGGAAUUGGUUCAUCAAUUUAUUAAUUUAAUAUUAAUGUACCUUCAAAACAGUGAAACUAUGGCAGGUAAAAAUUUUGGAGGUUAAGCAUUUCAGAUACCUAUUUGAAACAUUGCUAGCUUUCUUGCUUGAUACAAAUGAUUAUUUUACCUUAGUUGCUUAAACCUAUUGGCAUGCCUGCUGUUGUUAAAAUAGAUAACCCCUUUCAGGCUCUUUUGGACAUCUAUAGUCAGCAAAACUAUUUCUGAAUUACAGUUUUGCACAUUUCAAACUUUUCAGAAGUCAAUAUACAAUUAUCACACUGGACCCUAGGGACUGUCAGGGUUUGGAUGGCUGCCUAUCUUUAGUUUAAAAAAUUUAAAGGAAGCACCAAAUUCCCAGCAUGUGACUAAUCAUGAACCUAAACUUGAAAUACAUUUCAUUUUCCAAAGUUAUUUUCUGGUUUCUACCCACAUCUUCAUUGCCACUCUUCUCAUAAUCUGACAAUUCAGGAUGAAGAUUCUGUACAUUAAUUUUGUUCCUUUGCAUGAAAUAAAAUAAGUUGGUCAUCCUGUUGUGUCUUCCUGCUGAAAUACAGAAGAAAUGCCAUGUUUCUGUUGUGGUCAUUUGUUACAGUUA